GGCCGCCCGCAAGCCUGCGAUAAGUGUCGCUAGGUGAGGGCACCCCCAGCCGCAGAGCCCGGAAAGGCGCCUGCCCACCGGACGAGGGAAGCGGCCAGGAGAGCCCAUCGCCCGCUGCCACCCGCGGCGUCGCGCAGGCUGGCCAAGCAAAGGUAUUCGGAGGGCGUCGCCGAUUGGCUCGCGGACCUGCGAGCUGCUCGGCCGCGAUUGGCUGCAGGGCUUCCUUUGUUCCUUUUCCCCACUGCCGCAGGAGAGCGGAAGUUUCAGUCGAGUCUGCAGUAGCCGCCGCAGUAGCCGGAGCGGUGCGGGGCGUGAUCGCGAGCAGAGCAAACUGCUCUCUAACCACAUCCGACUGUCAGGAAGGCGUGAAGGAGGGGGAAAGGGAAAGAGGAAAAGGACAUUGCCCUCGCGGCUUUCUCCUGCAGUUCACGUGCCUGUGGUGGGCAAGCCAGCAUGGAUUUGGAAAGCAAAAUCAAGAAGAUGGGCUUAGGACACGAAGAAGGAUUUGGAGCCCCGUGCCUGAAAUGCAAAGAUAAAUGUGAAGGAUUUGAGCUACAUUUUUGGAGAAAAAUAUGCCGAAACUGCAAGUGUGGGCAAGAGGAGCACGAUGUUCCCACCAGCAAUGAGGAUGACCGUAAAGUGGGGAAGCUCUUUGAGGAUACAAAAUAUACAACCCUCAUUGCGAAGCUGAAAUCAGAUGGGAUCCCUAUGUACAAGCGCAACGUAAUGAUACUGACUAAUCCCAUAGCUGCCAAGAAGAAUGUGUCAAUCAAUACUGUGACUUACGAAUGGGCACCUCCAGUUCAGAAUCAAACCCUGGCGAGGCAUUAUAUGCAGAUGCUUCCAAAGGAGAAGCAGCCAGUGGCCGGCUCAGAAGGAGCUCAGUACAGGAAGAAGCAGCUGGCCAAGCAGUUGCCUGCUCACGAUCAGGAUCCUUCCAGAUGCCACGAACUAACUCCAAAUGAGGUGAAGCAGAUGGAGCAGUUUGUGAAGAAAUACAAGAAUGAGGCGCUGGGAGUGGGAGAUGUCAAGCUCCCAAGCGACAUCGAUGUGAAAGCCAGGGAGAAGAACGUUCCAAGUAAUGGAGAGAGGAGCACUUCAGCCACUGUCGGAGCCAUGGAAGACAAAAUGGCGGGCCAGAAGGGGUCCCAAUAUUUCUGUUUCCGGUGCAAACUGAACAUGAAAGAAGGUGACCCGGCAGUCUAUGCUGAGCGUGCUGGAUAUGACAAGCUCUGGCACCCUGCUUGCUUUGUCUGCUGCACCUGCAGUGAGCUGCUGGUAGACAUGAUCUACUUCUGGAAGAAUGGAAAAUUAUACUGUGGCCGGCACUACUGUGACAGUGAAAAGCCCCGCUGUGCUGGGUGUGACGAGCUUAUAUUCAGCAAUGAGUACACCCAGGCAGAAGGUCAAAACUGGCAUCUGAAACAUUUCUGCUGCUUUGAUUGUGAUUGCGUCUUGGCUGGGGAGAUCUAUGUCAUGGUUAACGAAAAGCCGAUUUGCAAACCUUGCUACGUGAAGAACCAUGCUGUGGUCUGCCAGGGGUGCCACAAUGCCAUUGACCCGGAAGUUCAGCGUGUGAGCUACAACAGCUUCAACUGGCAUGCCACCACCGAGUGCUUCCUGUGCUCCUGCUGCAGCAAGUGCCUCAUUGGCCAGAAGUUUAUGCCAGUGGAAGGGAUGGUUUUCUGCUCGGUGGAGUGUAAGAAAAAGAUGAUGUCCUAAAGGGGAGGAAGCCGCAUUGAAACCAAGCUCCGCCUUAUUCCAAAGUCCUCUGCAUUUCUACUGUAUUGGGGCAUUUUAACAACAUUGAAAGUGUUACAUGGCAAAUUCCAAAGAUUUUUACAUUACUAACUUGAUUGCUUGUGAUUUAAGCUCUUUAGCACAUUUGUAUUCUUACUGCUUUUUUGAUUUCUUGCUGGAAACUUUUUCACAUGUAUCGAGCCUGGUAGUCGUUAUAUAUGUCAAGGGCUGUAUACCGUUUAGCCUUCAUUUUUUUCAAGCAUGUGUCUCAAGAAAUUUAAUAAUAAAAUCUUGGCUUGGGUACAUUAUAAGUACUGUGCAUUACAUCAUGGGUAAUGGAACCUGUGGUCCUCCCUGGGGUGGACUACAAUUCCCAUCAUCCUGAUCUUUGGCCAUGCUGUGGGCUGAAAGUUUCUCUACACAUCUAAUCAGCAGAUGAUCCCAAGCCUAGCAGCCAACAUGGCAUGGAACUGAUUCUGGACUGAACUGUUUUUCUUGGGGAGCGGGUGUUAGAAUUUAGUAAAUCUUCAUACUUUAACAGAAGGCCCAUCCAGCAAAUAUUUUUGAACAUAUCAGGGAGAAUGGUAAAUUGUAAUAUGCUUGCUGAUGUAAAUGAAGACGUUUUAAAGUGUGGAGUAGCAUUCAAACAUUUGAAUACCUCAACUUCACUCUAAAGUGGCACCAUGGACUGCUUGUUUUGACUUGCAGUGUAGACACUGCAGCCCUCAGACAUGUCUGAUUAGUUUUGAAAAAGCUAAUCAGACAUGAUUCGCUUUUUCAAAACUCUUACGGCGUAUCAUUGGGCAUUUUAGGCACAUGUCAAUGUUGGGGUUCAGCCUUGAAUGGCAUUAAAAUACAGUUUUUCAUCAUUAAUUCUAAAAUAUGUACAAGUUUUUUUAAUGCUUUCGGGCAUAGAAUGUGACUGGGUGCCUGUAAACUAAAGGGUUUUUCCACAAAAUACACAUGCCUCUUUUUAUCCCUGUAUUCUUCCUGUAGGUUUGUUACCCAGCGUGGUUGUGUUGCCUCUGUCAAUUUGUUGUCCAAAGUAACAGGCAAAAUGGGAAGACAUAAAUCUGCCCACACCCUUAUACAUGAAUGAACGUGUUAAUUAAACCAGCAACCAUCUUUUUUUAGGUGGGCAAGCUGUUUCUCGUGGUUUGCAAAUAAACUCCUGCACAGAUUUUGAUACCAAGCUGCACACUACACACACCAUGUAAUGGAUGCUAAGUUAGAUCUGAGAGAAGCCCAGGAAGGUGUGUGCAUGUGAACCAAGAAACAAAUAUCUUGUAUGGAGUCAGAUUAGCAGACCAUCUUGCCUAGUACGGUUGACACUGAGGCCUGGAAAUGGCUAGGACUGUGUUGGGAAGGGCUCAGUGGUAGAGCCCUGUUCAAAUGCAGAAGUUCCUUUGUUCAGUCCAGGCCUCUCCAGCUAGGACUGGAAAAAUUCUCUCCUUGGAGAGUUCCUGUAAAGCCUGUGUAGACAAAACUUACAUAAAAUCAGACGCCUGGUCCAUCUAGCUAAGACAGCCUCCUCCGUUCCUUAAGGAGCAAUACAGACACAUGCUGGUAUUUAUGAUGAAUGUAAGACGGUACAUAGCAAAGGAAUGCAGGGAGAAAGGAAAGUUGUUGGCUUUGUAAACUAUGCAAACUCUUCCAAUUCUGCUCUUAAAGAGAUCUGUAUACCUCUAAUUACUCUCAAAUAAAACCUUUGUUAAGCCA